AUGUUGCUGCCUCGUGUCUUACCACUGCUCAUUGCAAGCAGUUGCUUGUUCUCGACGACUUCAGCGGUGGAUAAGCUUGACGUCGAAUGGAAGGAUGUUUCGUGUUCCGUGGGGCGCAGCAAGAAGAACGCGAUCCUGGACGGCGUCAGCGGCAGGGCUAACGCGGGAAAAGUGCUGGCGGUGAUGGGCCCCUCCGGCUCAGGGAAGACGACGCUGCUCAACGCCCUCGCCGGCCAGUUGCCCUACAGCAAGAGGACUCGGCUCCACGGCACGCUGACGGUCGGAGGAGCUGAGCGGGCGCCGGACCAGGAGCAGGCGUUUGUGAAGCAGGAAGACGUGUUCUACAGCCAGCUCACGGUUAGGGAGACCCUCCUCAUGGCGGCGCGCCUCCGCCUCCCGAGCUCCGUGCCCCUCGAGGAGAAGUCCGCCAUGGUGGACAAGCUCAUCAGCAAGCUCGGCCUGUCUAAGGUGGCCUCUACGAUCGUCGGGGAUGAGAAGACGAGGGGCAUCUCGGGGGGAGAGAAGAAGCGCCUCUCCAUGGGCUGCCAGCUCUUUGGAACCCCCUCGCUCAUCUUCUGCGACGAGCCCACGACCGGCCUGGAUGCCUUCCAGGCGGAGCGGGUCAUGGCCACCCUCCGGCAGCUGGCCCAGGACGGACACACGGUGAUCUGCUCGAUCCACCAGCCCAGGAGUUCUAUAUUCGGGAUGUUCGACGACGUCCUGUUGCUCAGCGAGGGCCGGGUCAUGUUCCAGGGGCCCGCGAAGCGGAUCGGGUCGUACUUCCGGUCGAAGGGGUACCCCAUGCCGUCCAACACAAACCCCGGGGACUUCGCUGUCGACGUGGUUUCGGUGGAUUACACGUCUAAGAAGACCGAAAGGAGGACCAAGGAGCGCAUCGCCCGCUUUGACGCCGAGCACCGUGCUUCCGCACCCACGUCCUCUUCGUCGUCAUCGUCAUCGUCAUCGUCGUCUCUGCUGAGCUACUUCGUCUCCCACUGGGAGAAGACCGGAGGGGAAGCAACGGAGGACGAGGACGAAGAGGACGAAGGGGAGAAGAAGGAGAAGAAGAAGGAGAAGGAGAAGGAGGAGGUGACAGAGGUGACAGAGGUGGCGGAAACAGCGGCGGCGGCAGCCGCGACGGUGGUGAAGGGAGGGGCGACGUCGUCGAAAGCGGCGGCGCAGCGCCGGGGGAAGGCCGCGCAGCGCAAGGGGAAGGCGGCGGCUAAGCGAGGGAGCAAGGCAGCAGCGAAGAAGGGGAGCAAGGCGGUGCGGCGCCGGGGCGGCGACGGGGAGCAGAGGGCCGGCGCGAUGGAGCAGUUCCGGCUGCUGCUGGCGAGGUCUUGGAGGCAAGUCAACCGUGCCAAGUUCGCCAACGCCACCCGGGUGGUCGCCAACCUCGGGUCCGCGGUGGUGUUCGGCAGCAUCUUCUGGAAGCUCGGCAUGGGGCAGUCGCACAUCAACGACCGCAUCGGCUUGCUGCAGACGUCUGUGAUCCAGACGGCGAUGUCCACCGUCGCCAAGACUCUCGUCACCUUCCCGAAAGAGGCAACGAUUGUCAAGGCGGAGCGAAGCUUGAACAUGUACAGCGUCCUGCCCUACUUCCUGGCCAAGAUGAUCGCCGACCUUCCCCUGACGGCCCUCUUCCCCACCGUCUCGGGGGCGGUGAUGUACAAGAUGACCGGCCUGCACCCGAAGCGCGACAGGCUGGCGAAGUUUCUGGGAGUUCUCACCCUCGAAGCGUUUACCGCGGCGGCGUUCGGGAUGUUGGUCGGCUGCGUGGCCAAGGACGGCGACGCCGCCAAUGCUAUCGGCCCCCCGCUCAUGACCAUCUUCAUUCUCUUCUCAGCUGUGCUUGUCGGAAGACGGUGGGUUGCCUCUUGUCUAUCCGCUUGCGGCCGCGAGGUUCUCUUUCAGUGCUUGCGCGGAGGCGUGGAGGGAUGCGCGGUGCCCUGCUUCUGCGUUCAAGAUCCGCCCUUUCUUUCUCAGGUUGUU